AUGCCGUCGACCAAGUCGUUCACGUACCAGGCCGUGCCUGGAUUCUUCCGCCACGAUAACGAACCGACCGGACCUCAAUUCCGAGCGACUACGCAGCCGAGCUUGGGCCUGAUCGACCGUUCUUAUGAAACGGACAGCGCCUUUGACCCUGAGGGAAAGAAGACCCAAUGGGAGCGGUUCGUUCAUUUUCUGGAACAGCAAAACCGGGCAGGACGGGGUGGUGUCCUGUACAAGCUAGUCUUCGUCAUCAGACACGGCGAGGGACACCACAACGUGAAGGAAGCUGAGGUGGGGCGUCACGCGUGGGAUGCUCACUGGUCGCUGCUCGAUGGCGACGGCCGCGUCACCUGGUCCGACGCGAAGUUGACGGAAAAGGGGAAGCAACAAGCCCAGGUACUGAAUGCCUUCUUGCGGGAGUCGGUAGCGAGCGUGAAGAUGCCGACCCCGCAGACGUACUACACCAGCCCGCUCGCUCGCUGCCUCGAGACGACGCGGAUUGCCUACUCGGGGCUUGACUUGCCGGCCGAUCGGCCCUUCGUGCCCAUCGUUAAGGAGGGCUUGCGGGAGCGCUACGGGGAGCACACGUGCGACCGCCGCAGCACGCGAAGUUGGAUCGCCUCCAGCUACCCGCAAUACGUAAUCGAGCCGUCUCUGACGGAAGACGACGAGCUGUGGAAGCCGGACCGGCGAGAGACCGCGGCCGAGGUGGUGGAUCGGGUCAAGCAUCUCCUCGACGACAUCUUCACCCACGACGACAAGCACAUCAUCUCCUUCACGGCCCAUUCGGGGCUUAUCCGAGGCCUGUACGAGGCUGUACAGCACAACGAUGUCUGGGUGUCGGCGGGUGCGUUGGUGCCGGUGCUGGUCAGGGCGGAGCGGGUCGGGGCGUGA